AUGACCAAGGAUUUGAAAGAAGCAAAGGAUAGCCUUGUCGCUGCCUUAUUUGAACUUACCAAAGCUGCAGAAACUGCUGCUAAGGCCACUGUUGAUUUCUACAACCAUGCUGCUGCUGUCGACGCUACUAUCGACACUGACUUCUCCAAAGAGCUUGUUUCUGCUUUUGAAAGUCUUACUGGUAGUGCCAUCAACCUCAAACGUUCUGCCACUGAAUUAGAAGAGACCGAAGAAGAAAGUGUUGUCACCAAAAAGAAGAAGAAUGUCGAUCCAAACGCUCCAAAGAAGCCACCUUCGAGUUACCUUGCUUUCAGCAGCUACUGUCGUAAAGUGCUUGGUGAAAAACGUCCAGAAUUGAACUUGCCUCAAUUAUAUUCAAAUGACAUGACCAAGGCCAUUGCUGAAAAAUGGAAAUUGUUGGAUGACGAAGAAAAAGCCAAAUGGAGAGAACAAUACGAUCUUCAAAUGGUUUCUUACAACAAGGAAAAGGAAGACUAUUCCGUAGCUAAGGCCGAAGGUCGUGAUGUGAACAUGUCUGGUAUCAACCACCUGUACAUUGUCGAAACUCCAAUCGAUCCUUACCUCCCAGAAGAGUCUGACCUUAGGGUCAAAAUAGAAGGUAAGGAUGAGAAGAAGAAGGAAAAGAAGGAAAAGAAGAAGAAGAAGAAGAAGCAUGUUGAAGCUUCUCAAGAAUUAUAG